AUGUCGUUCCCCGACUCUGGCUCGUCGGGCGAUGCGCUGAUGGAAGAGCGCACGCGGCUCUUCGAAGAAUUCCUGACGUCCGACUCUGCGCACUACAACUACAAAGACGACAUCCUGUCCAUGCUCCGCCAAGAGAAGACGCGGCUGAUCGUCAACGUCGACGACCUGCGCGACGCCAAACGCGAGCUGGCGGACAACCUGCUCAACCACCCCGUCGAUUAUUUGCCCGCGUUUGAUCAGGCGCUCGUGAACGUGAUCACGCAGGUGCACGACGCGGAGAAGCACGAGAUCGACAAUCGCGGCUUCAGGAUCGGGUUGAGUGGCUCGUUCGGCGAUCACCAUGUCAGCCCGCGGACGCUCAGGGCGUCGCAUAUCGGCCAGAUGAUCUCCCUCGAGGGUAUCGUCACGCGUUGCUCGCUCGUUCGGCCCAAGAUGCUCCGUUCAGUCCACUACUGCCCUGAGACGGGCCACUUCCACGCACGCGAGUACCGCGACGCCACGAGCUCUACUUCGAACCAGGCGCCCACUUCGAGUACGACACCGCAGACGGACGAUGAUGGCAACCCGCUCCAGAUGGAGUAUGGCUUUUCGACGUUCAGGGAUCAUCAAAGGAUUAGUAUUCAGGAGAUGCCGGAGAGGGCACCGGCAGGGCAGCUGCCGAGGAGUACGGACGUCAUUCUCGACGACGAUUUGGUGGACAGGUGUAAGCCUGGCGACCGUAUCCAGCUCGUGGGAACGUACAGGAGCGUCGGUGGUGGCGCAUCUGGGUCUUUCAAGACACUGAUCAUGGCCAACCACAUCGUACUCUUAACCUCCAAAGCAGGCGGUGGCAUCGCCCAAACACCCCUCACAGACUCGGACAUCCGCAUGAUCAACCAGCUCGCAAAGGGCAAGAAGAAGAUCUUCGACUUACUCUCCGAGUCUCUCGCGCCAUCCAUCUACGGCCACGAUAUCAUCAAGCAAGCUAUUCUUCUCUUGCUCCUCGGUGGUGCGGAGAAGAACUUGCCGAAUGGGACGCACAUCCGUGGAGAUAUCAACUUGCUGAUGGUCGGCGACCCUUCAACAGCCAAGUCCCAGCUCUUGCGCUUUGUGCUCAAUAUCGCGCCGCUGGCUAUUGCCACGACCGGACGCGGAAGUUCAGGUGUCGGUCUUACAGCUGCGGUUACGACCGACCGUGAUACGGGCGAACGCAGGCUCGAGGCGGGCGCGAUGGUGCUGGCCGACCGCGGUGUCGUCUGUAUCGACGAGUUCGACAAGAUGUCGGAUGUGGAUCGCGUGGCUAUCCACGAAGUCAUGGAGCAACAGACCGUCACCAUUGCCAAGGCGGGCAUUCAUACGAGCUUGAACGCGCGCUGCAGCGUCGUCGCUGCCGCCAACCCCAUCUACGGCCAGUACGACGUGCACAAAGACCCGCACAAGAACAUCGCCCUCCCCGACUCCCUCCUCUCCCGUUUCGACCUCCUCUUCGUCGUAACCGACGACGUCGACGAAACGCGCGACAGAAUGAUCGCCGACCACGUCCUGCGCAUGCACCGCUACCUCGCGCCCGGCGUCGAAGAAGGCACGCCCGUGCACGACUCGCUCUCGCAGCCCCUAGCCAUCGACCACCCGUCCGCCACGCAGGACCUCGCCGAGGCAGGCGAGACGCAGGCGUUCGAGAAGUACGACCCGUUGCUGCAUAUUGGGGUUGCUGGACGGAGCACGCGGACGCGGGCGGGCCAGGCGAAGAAGAGGCAGAUUUUGAGCGUCGGGUUUAUUAAGAAGUAUAUUCAGUAUGCGAAGAGCAAGCCGGCGCCGGUGCUUACGCAGGGCGCGGCGGACCAUAUUGUGCAGGUGUAUGCGGAUGUGAGGAACGCGAGUGAGGAGGGGAAUGCGAAGCGGACAUCGCCGCUGACGGCCCGUACACUCGAAACGCUCAUCCGUCUCGCGACCGCGCACGCCAAAGCCCGCCUCUCGGCCCGCGUCGAAGUCCAAGACGCAGAACAAGCCGAGAAGAUCCUCCGCUUCGCGCUCUUCAAAGAAGUCAUCCGCCGCAAAGCGCGCAAGCGGCGCAAGAUCGGCGCUGGGGGCCAACACGUCAGCGACGAUGAGGCCGAGACGGACCAGGAAGAUGAGGAUGAGGAGGUCGAGCAGGCUGUGGAGCGUAUGCCUAUGCCUGGGCAGAAGAAGGAUGAUGAUGCGGAUGGGAGGAGGAGCGCGGAGAGGGACCCGGUGUGGGAUGAGAGCCAGACGCAGGUGGGGACUGGACCGCAGGGUAUGGAUAUGGAUAUCGAGCCUAGUGCGGCCACUUCGACAACCGCGACGGCCGCGAACUUUAGCCAGACCGGGACGCUGAACCCCGCUCGAAUUCAACUCUUCCGCUCGCGCGUGGCGCAGCUCUGGGCGAACCAAUUCGCCAACGAGGAGCAGCUGUUCCUCACGGACCUGCUGCCGGCCGUGAACGCGGAUUGGCCGGCCGAGCAGCUGUUCGGGACUGCGGAGGCUACGGCUGUAUUGGAGGUUAUGACGAGGGAUAAUGAGCUUAUGCUGGCGGAUGGGAUCGUUUAUCGUGUGUAA